GUAAUAUGCUAUGUCCCUAACGAGUUUCCGUCUUUCUCCUGACACGUAGCUACUACCGUGGAGUUGGCAGGGCUAAACUUAAAGUUGUCCAGCUGACAUCACAGAGUAAGAAAUGUCGGGGUUCGAUAACUUCAACGCUGACUUCUAUCAGUCCAGCUACAGCGUAGAUGACCAAAACCAGGGCGGCUAUGGCUACGGCAACUCUGAAAACGCCUACAAGCCGUACGGUCAGUACGAUUAUUCGCAGCCCAUGGGCUACCCAUCCCCAGGAAUGAUGCCACCCCAGCAGCCGUAUACCGGACAAAUCUUCCAGCCCACACAGACCUACACCCCAUCUGCAUCACAGUCCAUGUACAGUAAUAGCUUUGACGACGAGCCGCCUCUGUUAGAAGAAUUAGGGAUCAAUUUUGACCAUAUCUGGCAGAAGACCCUCACAGUUCUCCAUCCUCUAAAGGCGGCAGAUGGGAGCAUCAUGAAUGAGACAGACCUGGCUGGUCCAAUGGUCUUUUGUUUGGCCUUUGGGGCAACUCUGCUUCUGUCAGGGAAGAUUCAGUUUGGUUAUGUGUACGGCAUCAGUGCGAUCGGUUGCCUCGCCAUGUACUGCCUCCUGAACCUCAUGAGCAUGACCGGCGUGUCCUUUGGCUGCGUGGCCAGUGUGUUGGGAUACUGCCUCCUUCCUAUGAUCAUCCUCUCCAGCUUUGGAGUCCUCUUCUCAUUACAGGGUAUGGUGGGGAUUAUAUUAACAUCAACAAUUAUCGGCUGGUGCAGUUUCUCCGCCUCAAAGAUCUUUAUCUCAGCGUUGGCCAUGGAUGGGCAGCAGUUGUUGGUUGCUUACCCCUGUGCUUUGCUAUAUGGGGUCUUUGCACUCAUCUCAGUCUUUUAAAAAAAAAAAUGUUUGCACAUCAGUUUAAAAUAACUGCUCCCCCGUUUCUGUAAUUCAGGUGUAAUUAGCGUCACUGUAAUUAGUGUAAUUAUUGGCUAAUUACACAGUUGCUACAGAAAAAUGGGAGCCUCCUCGUUUGAAUGGCACCAAGGAUUCUUUUUUUUUUCUUUCAAACACUUCCUUUCACCACAUUCCGACCUGAAGUCAUGAAGGCUGGAGUGGAUCGUAACAUCUAGGAACCCUCUGCAGCUUGUUCCCGUCAUGCAUCCUAAAGAAGAGGACUGUUGAGUGAACCUAAUGGAAAAUAACUGCUGCGGACCAUUUCUACCCCUGUAUGCCAUCAUUCAGUUAAUGAUUGUCUUUAUUUUUUCGCAUAGGGACAUGAAUGAAAUAGAAGUUGACAAUGGAACAUCUAGGAAGUAUAUUUUAUUUACACACAAGAGAAUAAUUCUCAUGUUUUAUUUAGAAGAGGGGCCGAGAAACAAAUGUCACUAAUUAUUUGUAUGAAGAAUGUUGAGAUUUUUUAGGCAAACGGCCACAGGAUCUGAAAUGGCAACUCUAAGGGAACGAACCUACUUUCUCACUAAAUUAGUCUACAGCUGUUUGUGCUGCUUUCCUUCAGUGGAUGUUUUCCUACUCAAAAUUUUUUUAGGAUUUAAGACUGAGAAGAGCCAUGGAUCAUCUUUACCAGAGAGAGAUCAGCUCAACUGCUUGUUCUGAACUUUGGUAUUUGCACAGGAUUGAAGUAAUUCUCAAAGUAAAAAGAUAAAUAAAUAAAUAAACCAGGAUAUGAUUUUGUGGGUCUGGAUGAAACUCCAGAUAGACCAGUUUCUAUUGACAUUUCUCACUUAAUUUAGAGACUCCUCUCUUUGUAUGCUUUGUGUAUUCUGUACAUGUCUUAUCCACAUUAAAGUUGCUUUUGAAAGUUGUGA